GAUUAUGAAAUAGAAGCAAUGCGGUUCGUGGUUCCGUACUUUCUAGAAAUCCGGCCCAGUCCCCGUUCCAGUUCCAGUUCCAAGUUCCCCGCCGUAGUUUCGCUGUCCCUCUUUGUCAAAUUGUCUCGACUGUCUCUAAUUUCCAGUUUUAUAGUCUUGCUAACUAGUGCAUCCUUUUUCCCCUACUUAGACCAGAUGGACGUUGCGACUGAGAGUGCGCCGCGAAACAUACCUGUCAACAAGGCUGGCGAGAGCAUGGGCGCACGUACGGUUCCAAUUAUUACCACUCCUACGCCGAUGCCAACCAUAAAGAUGUCGGCUCCUUCGCCGUCGGGCGAGCCCAUGGAUAUCACCACGCCGACUAAUUCAUCAGCCCCGCAGAGUGCUAGGAAGAGCUCCGACGGAGAUGGUAGCGAUUCUAAUGAUCGCCAAAGCACCGCGCUAUCAGGAGAGCAGAGCUCGAGUUUUGCUUCGACUACAAUGCCUGCGCCCGCGGCCGCGGCUGUUCACCAGCCGAAGAUAGUACAGACUGCGUUUAUCCAUAAACUUUACAAUAUGUUGGAAGAUCCUAACAUACAACACUUAAUUAGCUGGUCUAGCUCCGCUGAGAGCUUCGUAAUGUCGCCUUCACAUGAUUUUUCUAAAGUUCUUGCCCAAUAUUUCAAGCACACAAACAUAUCCUCUUUCGUCCGACAACUAAAUAUGUACGGCUUUCAUAAAGUAAGCGACGUAUUUCACACUGGAUCCCCAGAAACUGCGCUGUGGGAAUUUAAACAUGGCAAUGGGAACUUUAAGAAGGGCGACCUAGUUGGACUGCGCGAGAUCAAGCGGCGAGCAUCUCGUCACACACUGAUCCACCGGGACCACCGAGAGUACAAUAGCCAGAAGCCAACCCCGUCGCAGCCUGGUACUCCAGCAGAACCCAUGCCACCAAUUCAUGACGGCUCAGAUCCGAGGCUUGCGAGCAUUGAGCACUCCUUGUACGAAGUCACGACUAGACUGCAACGCAGCGAGGAGAACACUCAUUACAUGAACGUGAAGCAGCAAGCAAUGUCGGACGCGAUGAAUCGCUUGUUGCAGCUAAAUCAAGAAUUAUCUAGAACAGUUCUGAGCCUCGUUCCACCAGAGAAUCCCGUCCACAGAGAUGUUCUUGCGUUACAAGGGGAAAUUCAACGCCAGACCGAAUUCGUCCGAUCCAUCGACGAACCACAUGAGCCAACCUUCCCGAGUAGCCGCCAGCUCUUUGCAAACCUCGAAAACCCCCCUGUAUCUCCUCGGCAGUUAGCUCAGGACGAUCAAAGAAGAAUAGGGGGAUACCCUCAAUCUCGAACAAACUUUUACCGACCCCCAGUAUCUUCUAAUCUCGCAAUUAGCUCCUCCAAUGUUGCGAUAGGCUCACGUCGAUCACAUGGGUCGAUUAGCGGGAGCACAACCCAGUCGUCGCCUUCUCCCCUCCGAUCUCAAGCACCGCCACCUCCUCCUGGGCCUCAUCCGCUUGCUACCGUUGAGCCCCCACCGAGCAGCUUGUCCAGGCGGCACACCUCAGCCGAUAUCCGAGCUGCUGGGUGGCAAGUCAACCCGCCUCCGUACAUCUCUUCUGGCCCGCCUUCGUCUCACUGGCCGUCUUCCCCUAAUCGAGGCGCCCAUGACGAGCAACGUAUCCGCGACCCACCGCCACAUUACUCACUAUCACGACCUGCUACUCCACCAGCUCCUUUCUCAAACGGUAGUAUUGGAAAUGGAUUAGAAAGUCUCAAUAACUGGUCCUGGAAUUCGGCCAACCGAGAAAACAAGAACCUCUCAGUCAAAGACAUGUCUGCUCCCCCAACCAGGAGGGGAAGCAUGGCACACAUUCUUAACCCAACCGAUACAGUAGAACGAGACGACGAGGACGAUCCUCGAGGAGACGAGGAUCGGAAGCGAAAACGGAUGUAAUAAUUGGCAUUAUAGGUCCUUGAAUAUCCCAUAUCUCACGUCAUGGAAAGCGUUGUCGCACAUUAUACCACACACGGCGGGAUUUUGUUUUUGUAUAGAGCGAUUGAUGCGGAAUACGCGAAUCUCUUAAAGGAUUCGGAACGACACGCUACGGCCAUGUUAUAUGACAUCGACUAUGCACCUUACGAAUUUUCUUUCACUUUUCAUAAAUUCUCCUUUCUGUCACUGCAUUGCUAUAUUCAUUUCUUGGAUAUUCAAGUUUCCCGCUGAAAUACCAAAAAAGCGUUGGCUACAUUUGAGAAUUACUCGGAACGGUUUGGUGAUGGUUUGGUGAUGGUAUGGCGAUGGGUAAGAAAACACUUACACUAUUCCAUUCACAUAGCAGAUGUUGAAAUUUGGAGGCUGGGGGGUCGAAUGUCUGUCUGAACCAACUUGCCCAUUGGGUUUUGUACAACACGGAACAUGGGCUUGCUUCUUGCUUGGGGAGGGGUGGCUGUCGUAAUCGGUUGGAUAGGAGUCGAGUAGGAACAAUCUUGUCCCAAUUGCUUCACGCGCAACUACGCUCGCGGAGUCACUAAUCAUGUACUCUUAAGAAAGUAGUUAAUGGAGGAGUAAAGGCUUCUUUGCAU